AUGGCCCCUGGGAAGGGUGGGGUGUCCCCAUCCACAAGUGGCAGCCAGGAGAACCCUUCCCACUCUGCCACAUCUCAGUCCAGCCCCAGAGCUGACCAACAUGCUCUGCACUCAUGUAUCUCAGGGCCACCCAACUUUGUCCUCUGCCAUGCCUUCAAGCAGAAUCCCCCUCCAGCCAGAGCCUCACUGACCCUCAGCCCCCUCCAGCCCUGGAAGUGGAGCCUGGGCAAGGAGAGUGAACACAGCAACAGCAGCCUGGAGCAGGAGGUCUUAGCUGUAGUUGGACCCACUCCCAUCAACUACCAGCAGUUCAUGGCCCUGGUGUUUGCAGUGAGAGAGAUCAACAAGGAUGAGGUUCUCCUCCCCAACAUCUCUCUGGGCUUCAACAUAUAUGACAAUGCCAAUUGGAACAAGAGAGUUUCUUUGAUCAGCCUCUUUCUGCUCUCCACACGAGACCAAAUGGUUCCAGGUUAUAAAUGUGACCACCGGGACACUCUCCUCUCUGUCAUUGGAGGUGAUGACCCCAAAUACUCAAUGCCAAUGGCCUCCAUCUUCAGCAUCUUCAAGGUCCCACAGUGGAACUGGGUUGGGUUUAUUGCCUGUGAUAGUGACAACGGAGAACGAUUCAUCUCGACUCUGAGGCCAUUACUCUUGGAGAAGGAGAUCUGCCUAGCCUUCACUCAAAUGCUUCUUCCUUAUUUGCUGAAUAUCCAGUUCAACAAUGGUGUUGGAGAGGAAAUCUCCUUCUCAGAAAAAGGACUGGGAACUGUUGGUUAUGACCUUCUCAAUUGGGUUCGCCUCCCCAAUCGAUCAAUCGUCCUUCUGAAAGUUGGGGAAAUAAAUCCCGGGGCUCCCACAGGCCAGGAUGUCACCAUGCGAUCGGAUGCAAUUGUCUGGCCUACAAAGAAAGCAUCCUUUGGCAGGUGUGGAAGGAAGAGGUGCCAUGCAGGAGAGAGGAGGAGUGUCCCAGAGGGCAAGCAGGUUUGCUGCUACCAAUGCUCCACUUGUCCAGACGGGAGCAUUUCUGAUCAGACAGAUGCAGCUCAAUGUGAUCCUUGCCCAGAAGACCAAUACCCCAACAAGGUUAAGGACCACUGCAUUGCCAAGAAGAUCCACUUCCUCUCCUAUCAAGACCCCCUGGGAUAUGCUUUAUCCUCUUUAGCUCUUUUCUUUUCUCUGCUCACAAUUGCUAUCUUGGCGAUUUUCCGUAAAUAUCAUGACACACCAAUUGUCAAGGCCAACAACCGAGAUCUCAGCUACAUCCUCCUGGUCUCCCUUCUGCUCUGUUUCUUCUGCUCCUUCCUCUUCAUUGGUCGACCCAGGAAGCUCGCCUGUCUUUUCCAACAAUCUGCCUUUGCUAUUCUCUUUUCUGUUGCAAUUUCCUCCGUCUUGGCAAAAACUGUCAUGGUGGUUCUUGCCUUCAUGGCCACCAAGCCAGGGAACAAGACAAGGAAACUCUUAGGAAAACCCCUGACCAUCUCCAUUGUCUUAGUCUGUCCCCUUGUCGAAGGAGUUCUCUGUGUCAUAUGGCUGGCAACUUCUCCCCCAUUUCUCAACAUGGAUUUCCAUUCCUUGUUUGGAGAGACCAUCUUGGAAUGUAAGGAAGGUUCAAUUUCAAUGUUUUAUGCUGUCCUCUCUUACCUAGGUCUUUUGGCCCUUGUUAGUUUCACAAUGGCCUUUCUGGCCAGGAAAUUGCCUGACAGCUUUAAUGAAGCCAAGUUUAUUACUUUUAGCAUGCUGGUCUUUUGCAGUGUUUGGAUCUCCUUCCUCCCCACCUACCUGAGCACCAAAGGGAAGUCCAUGGUGGCUGUGGAGAUUUUCUCCAUCUUGGCCUCUGGGGCUGGUCUCUUGGCUUGCAUAUUUUUUCCAAAAUGCUUCAUUAUCCUAUUGAGGCCUAAUCUGAAUCGUAAAGAGAAUAUAAUGAGGGAGAGGAAUUGCUGA